GACUGCAACGCGGAAAACCGCAGCGAACGCCCCGUCCCUCAGAACCCCGCCCCCAAACGUCACUGAAGCGUCACAAAGCGGUAGCGACAGCACGGAGGCGCUGCAAAAAUCUGCGCAUGCGCACGGAAGUCGCCUGGCCGGGAAGCAGACGCCGUGCGAGAUGCAGCGGCCAGAGGCCGGCGCGGCGCGGGGCCUGGGUCUGUGCGUGUUGUGCGGGCUGCCCGCAGCGGGCAAGACCACGCUAACGCAGCGCCUGAAGCAGCAGAGAGGCUGGGACUGGGAUUGCUUCCGCCUUUCCUACGAUGACCUCAUUCCGCUGGAGGCCUUCAGCCAAUCAGUGCCGGGGGCGGGGCUUGAACGAGAUCAUCCAUUGGUGUCGCGCUGGAAAUCAUACCGGCAGGAACUGCUGGUAUACCUUGAACAUUUCCUGCAGGCUCUUCUUAAUGGGGAUCCCCUGUCUGCCCCAGCAAGCAGGACAGAAGCCACCUGGGAACGUUUUGUUUCCUGCUUCAGAGAACAAGGAUUAAUAUCUUCAGACGUACCUGAUGCUAAAUCUUGUCGUUAUGUGAUCAAUGCCACCGCUUCCAGACCACUGUGUUUCAUUUUGGAUGACAACUUUUAUUAUCAAAGCAUGAGAUACGAAGUAUACCAGCUAGCUCGCAAAUAUUCAUUAGGCUUCUGCCAGUUAUUUUUAGACUGUCCACUUGAAUGCUGCUUACAGAGGAAUCGCGUGAGAAGUCAGCCCUUACCUGACGAGAUCAUAUGUCUAAUGGCAAAAAAGAUAGAAGCACCAAAUCUUGAUAAAAAUACCUGGGAACAAAAUAGUCUCACUCUGAAAGGGCUUGAAUACACUUCAGAAGAUAAUUUACAGGUAAUCAGCCUGUUGGUUACUGCUUUGAAAAAUCCAGUGAAACAAAUUGAAGAAAAUAUUGAGCAAAAGGCAGCAGAUCGAGCAAUCUGUGCAGCUAGUAUCCUCCAUCAAGCUGAUCAGACUUUUAGACGAAUUAUUUCUCAAACAAUGAAGGAUGCAAAAGAUAAAAAUUUUCUCUCAAGUGAGAUGAAGAUUCUAGCAGAAGAACUCAACAAACUUAAAGCAGAAUUUUUAGAAGAUUUACGACAAGGAAAUAAUCAAAAAUAUCAAGUUUGGCUAAAAAAUAGUGAAUUUCUUUCCAAAGCCACUACUUCUUUCCAACAAGAGUCAGAUAAUAUAGUGAAAAAAUAUGUUUUUUAAAUAAGCAUACUGUGUUUUGCCAUUGUAAAGGAUGUAAAAAAAUGUGGUAAAGUUUCAAUAGCCCUGCUGAAUACCGGCUAAAGAAGAGACAUCUUCCGGUGCAUGGAGUGUAAGGCUAACAUGCCUUGUCUUCUGUCACAAUAUGAAACUAAAAAUCAGCUCAGUUAUUAACUGAUCCUUUUAGACCAGACCAAGUAUAAGGAAAAAUGGAUGACAUAGAAUCCAAACUUAUAAUGUGAGAUGCUGGGCGUGCACCUACACGUUUUAAGUAAAGCAAGGUGCAAAAGAUUUGGAGGUUUAUUAGCUAGGUUUAUUUUUAUAGUGAUAAAGGAUCCAGUAAGAAUGCUAGGCAUUGUACAAGCACAGAACAGCACACAAUAGACGAGACGAACUGUGGAUGAAUUAAAGGGGGGUUACGCACACAUAGAACAGUGCAAUGACAGUAAACAGUAUGCAAGAUUCAUGAUGUGGGGAGGUGGAGGAAUGCAUGUUGAGUUAAGAAGCUGUAAACUAAAUGGAACGAAAAAGGCACAACCUAGGUCCUCAUCGCCUCAUGCUGGAUAGUCUCCCUUCUACACCUCUGGAUCACAAGAGGGUACUGGGAAAAAGGAGGUCCCUGCUUGGCACUGCUUCUCUCUUUUUCUCUGAACACAUCAGUCCCUUGCUAUGGCUACUUCUCUGGUUCCUCCAGCUCCAUUUUCUCUUCCGUGUUGCUUUUAUACUUCUUCAACCUUCUAUUUCUUCACAUCCCUGUUCCUUCCCCAUCUCAAUACCCCAGCUUGCUUUUUUUUCCUGUAUGUUUUGCCCAUUUUCUGUAGAGUACAUAACAGAAGCCAAGAAUUUCAAAGUUUUCCUCUUUUAAAGUAUAUCUUGCUAGAUAGCAGGAUGCACAAUGGGACAUAUCCUGGUCUCAAAUGCUGCCACUACUCCUGGUCAUUAACCUCCUGCUCUAUCACUAAAGUCAGCAUGCCUGUCAGGAUAGUCAGCCAGUCACAUGUCAUUAUCCUGCAUAACCAUGGCAUGUAGCAUUGGAAUGAAGUCUGGGAAAGGGAAGGAGAUGAUAAUAUUAUUACCUAUUUUACGCAUCAGUCAUUACAAACAAGAUGGAUGAACUGGGUAAUGGCUGUAUGGCACUUUUUAAUCAGUAAAGUGUCGAGUAGUAUUUAUAAAGAGCAAGUAUUAUGAUCCUGUUGUGCUCUGUUUCACUUCUCUUCUACAGUGUCUGUUUGUUCUGACAAUGGAUUGUAUCUGGAUCUUUCUUUAUAAACAACAGGGUCAAUGUGUA